UAAUCACGCAAACGCUCUCGUUGCUACCCCGGUGUCUCUUCUGCAUGACAAAUCAGUAUCCAUGCUGCGGCCCACCGACUCCGCUGUUGUACAUAUAGUGCCACCUACGCACCCGGUGCAGGAAACCACUCAUCAUGAGCGACUUGUCUGAGAAGCACGCGCUGGAGUCUGGAAUGCAGCCGGCAGUUGAGGAGAAGGGCAAUGCGCUCGAUGCCACUGCGACGUAUACCCCCGAGGAAGAGAGACAGGUGCUGCGCAAGAUUGAUCGGACUAUCUUGCCUUUGAUUUGCAUUGUUUUCUUUAUGCAAUAUCUAGACAAGCAGAGUCUCAGCUAUACAUCUGUUUUCGGCCUCCUCACCGAUCUCAACCUCACGAGCACUCAGUACUCAUGGUGCUCAUCCAUCUUUUUCGUCGGACAGCUUGUAGCCGAGUUCCCAUUCAUCUACCUGAUGUCUAAGCUCCCGCUCACCAAGCUUGUUGGCGUUACCGUUAUCAUAUGGGGCAUCGUCUGCAUGUGCCUCGCCGCACCGACGAACUUUGCGGGCUUCGCUACAGUUAGAUUCCUCCUGGGUUUCACCGAAGGCGCCGUGUCCCCAGCGUUCGUCACCAUCACAUCCAUCUGGUACCAGAAGAGCGAACACGCCACCCGCACCGGACUCUGGGUCACCAUGAACGGCCUCGCCCAAAUCGCUGCCUGUAUACUCAUGUACGGCAUCGGCAAGAACAACUCCCUAGCCCUCGCACACUGGCGCGUAAUGUUCAUCGUCUGCGGCGCCAUGACCGUGGCCUCAGGCAUCGCCUUCUACUUUCUGAUGCCCAACGGCCCGAACGACGCGUGGUUCCUCAACGCGCGUGAGAAGGAAGUGCUCUCGCUGCGCAUGGCGCGCGACCGCGAGGGCGGCGACAAGACGUCUUUCUCUGUGCGGCAGCUGCGCGAAGCCCUGCUAGAUAUCAAGACGUGGUUUGUCUUUGCAUUCGGCGUGCUGAUCACCAUGCAGAGUCCCGUGCUCACCUUCGCCUCCCUCGUCAUCAACACAAUCGGCUACGAUAAGUACCAAACCAUGCUCUACACCGCGCCCUCGGGCGCCGUCCAGAUCAUGCUCCUCUGGGUGGGCAUGCUGGGCUGCAGGCUGUUCCCGCACAACCGCACACACGUGAUCCUCGCGCUCAUCAUCCCGCCGCUGAUCGGAAACAUCCUGCUCCUGCGCCUCUCGCUGUCUGCGGGCUGGGGCAUGAUCGCCGCGUCGUGGCUGGCGUCGUGCCUCUCGGCAGCGAUGUCGCCGCUGCUGUCGCUCACCGCGUCGAACGCGAAGGGGAACACAAAGCGCGCGGUUGUCAGUGCGGUGUUUUUCAUCGGGUAUUGUGCGGGGUGUAUUGCGUCGCCGCAGUUGUGGACGCAGAAGCCGAGGUAUUUCAACGGGGUGGUUACGGCGUUGGUGACGUGGUGCACGUUGUUUGUGGUUGUCGUGGCGUAUUGGCUGGUGUGUAAGAGGGAUAAUGCGAGGAGGGAUGCGAAAGAGAGAGAGGGCGGGAGUGAUGAGGGGGCGCUCGACGUCGUGCUUGAUAAGAAUGGGGCGCCGGUUACGGAUUUGACGGAUAAAGAGGAUUCAAGGUUUAGGUAUAGUUGGUAGAUGGUGUGUUGCUAACCCUAUACGUACGGGAUUUAUAUACGCAUAUUGGUUCUUCUGCUGGAACAAAGCUGCAGGCUCUUUACUGCAUUGAUUAGUUGCUUGCUUCAAGUAAUCAUGUCCUAAGUACGCCAAUUACUCAGCGUCGACGCAGAUUUC